UAAAGCAAAGACAGCUAUAUAUAUAUAUUGAAGAACAGAGAGAGAGAAGAAGAAGAAGAAGAAGAUGGGGCUACAAGGUCAGCUAAGUGACGUCUCUUCCGAUUCAAUCCCUCUUAUGCUCCUCUCUCUCCUCGCCGUCUUCAUCAACCAUCUCCGAUCUUUCCUCCUCCGUCUCACCGCUAAAUCAAAUCAUAAUCUCCCCGUCGACGAUGUCUCUGUAGCAUCGGGACUAGCCAACAUAAUAGUGCUCGCCGAUCAGCUGAGCUUGAAUCGGUUAUUCUCGUACCGGUGCGGUGACGGAGGCGGGUCCGAUUGUGUGGUGUGUUUGUCGAAGCUUAAGGAAGGUGAAGAGGUGAGGAAGCUGGAAUGUCGACACGUGUUCCACAAGAAGUGUUUAGAAGGAUGGCUUCAUCAACUCAAUUUCACUUGUCCUCUUUGUAGAUCUGCUUUGGUCUCCGAUGAUUGCGUCUCUAAAACGCAGCGCCGCGUUGGAAGGGAUUUGAUCUCGUGUUUCUCUCUCCACUGAGUUUGAUCCGACGGCAUCCGAGAGAUCUACGGUGGCUGGCUGGUUCGGUUUGACCACGCGCGCCCCUUCUUUUCUCGGUUUUUUUUUUUGAGGUCUCUCUCUUCUCUUCUCUUCUGUGAGAGGAGAGGACCUUUUUGUUUGUUUUUUCACUUUUCGAUUUCGUUUUGUAAAUUUUGAAAUAUACAAAUUUUCACCGUUUGUAUCUUUUGUUUUUCCUUACUUUUGAGUAUAUAUAUGGAGAACAUCUAAAUUCCAGAAAUAAUCUGUGCAAACUCAAUCCAUCAACACUGUGAAUUUUGGAAAUGUUUUGUUCCUGUUUGUUUUUUUUUUUUGUAAAGAAGGAAAUGGUGGAUUUGUAGAUGUAUCUGGCUUUGAUAUUGGGAGAAGGGGAAUUGAUUUACUACAACACCUCUCAGUAUUGUAACAAGAUGUGUGUAAUUAAGGAUGGACAUUGCACAUAAUUGUCAACACUUUUUCUA